CCUGCCAUAUCGCGAUAUGCAAAGCCAUAAGGAAGUACGCUUGAAUACAAGUACAUAUACAGUUUAGUUCCGUUGUCCUUGAUUAUUCAUUCAUUGGGCGGAUCAGCUGAUUUUUGUUUACAUGAGAUGCUCGUCAAGUUACACAUUCCAUCUGACAGUGUAAAGAAAACGAAACGAAUAGAAAUAAUAUAAAGAAAAGAAAGAAGAAAGAAGAAAGAAAAUAGGGUAUAGGUCCAGGGGAUAUAGACUAGACAAUAGUCUAAGACCCUAUAAAAGAAGAAAGAAGGAGAAGACACUCCAUCUGACAGUGUAAAGUGACACGUAGGAAGGCCGGAGCAGUUUAGGAGUGAUUCGCCCUCUACUUGGACGAGUGUCGCAUGUUAAGAAUUCCUCGACAUCAAAAAGGAACUCGUAUAAAGAAGGAAGCGUCAGGUAUCCGACACCUGGUAUACACAGCCCUCAACCCGCAGCUGAAAGUAUAACCAGUAAAGUCUAGCAACGGUAAUAUGUCCUUCCCUCUACUGCCACACCUCCAAGAAGUGCCCAUGGUAUGCGUAUGCCCUAGAUAGACUGGUAUGAACAUGCCAGUGAGCGGCCUGAAGCUGCGGGUGAGGCAACUGCGCCCACACUUUCCCCGCCUUGAGCCUAGAACUCAGCAUGUGGUGCAGACCCCAAUCACAGUUUCUAAGAUGAGGUGGGUGGAUAUUGCACUGCGGUCUAUCAGAUUGCUGUUCGAGGCUCUGUCACGGUUUGUCUUCGGAAUCAUAUAUUAUGGGGAACCUCACAAGCCGCUGCCCCCCAUCAACAACCUCAUUUUGCUAGAGAGUGCCACAUCAUUGGCCACCAAGAUACGAACAAAGAAGCUGACAAGUGUUGAAGUGGUGAAGUCCUUUAUUGGGCGCAUCAAGGAGAUCAACCCCAUACUGAAUUGUGUUGUGGAUGACCGGUUUGACGAUGCAGUCAAGGAUGCAGAAGCUGUUGAUGACCUUAUACGAUCAGGAACAGUGGAUGAACAAACCCUCUCAAAAACCAAACCAUUCCUUGGUGUUCCCUUCACUACUAAAGACUGCAUGGCUGUGAAAGGACUGCGACAAACAGCAGGCCUUCAUUCAAGGAAAAACUUUAUACCAGAGGAAGAUGCUGAUGUUGUGCACCUCAUGCGAGAGGCUGGAGCAAUCCCCCUCUGUGUCACAAAUGUAUCAGAGCUCUGUAUGUGGUGGGAGAGCUCCAACACCAUUUAUGGGAGAACUAACAACCCUUACCGUUCCUGCCGUAUUGUAGGAGGCUCCUCUGGAGGAGAGGGAUGUCUACAGUCUGCAUGUGGAUCACCCUUUGGUAUUGGAUCAGAUAUUGGAGGAUCAAUACGCAUGCCUUCUUUCUUUAAUGGCAUAUUUGGUCACAAACCCACUUAUGGCAUAGUAAGUAAUAUAGGUCAGGAACCUGUAGCAACUGGAGAAGCUAUGGAGUUCCUAGUGACAGGACCCAUGUGUCGAUAUGUACAAGACUUGACGCCCAUGAUGAAGGUUCUGGGUGCAAACAAUUCUCAUAUGCUUACACUUGACCAGAAGGUGGAUAUCAGCAAGCUCCGAUAUUUUUACGUGGAGGACGAUGGUGGUUCUCCACUUGUGACGCCUGUUCACCCAGAACUUCGUGCUGCUCAAAAGAAAGUUAUAAAUCAUCUUGAGAAAGCAUAUGGCAUUAAAGCUAAAAAGAUUACCUUAAAAAAGCUCAAAGCAGCAUUACCAAUGUACUUUGCCAAACUAGCAAGUGUAGAGGAAGCUCACACAUUUUGUGAAGAAUUGGCACUAAAGAAGGGAAGCAUCAAUGUUUGGACUGAGCUUCUGAAGUGGAUGUUCCGGUUAUCUCAUCACACACUACCAGGCCUGCUGCUUGGUGUCCUGGAGAAGUUGAACAGUCAGAGCAAGAGGUCAGAAGAUUACCCAAAGCUCCUCACAAUGUGCACUGACUUGAAACAGGAGAUAAAGGAACUUUUGGGUGACGAUGGUGUGCUCCUGUUUCCUAGUCAUCCCACUCCAGCCCCUUAUCAUGGGCAACCACUCUUCCGUGCCUUCAACUUCGUCUACACAGCAAUAAUAAAUGUUCUGCUCUUCCCAUCCACACAGUGUCCUUUAGGCUUAGGGUCAGAGGGUCUUCCUCUUGGCAUUCAGGUGGUCGGUAAUCACUACAAAGAUCAUCUGACUCUUGCAGUUGCAGGAGAACUAGAGAAGGCCUUUGGAGGCUGGGUUUGCCCAUCUGAAGUACGCUAAUUCCAGCAUGAAAAGCCAUUUCAAGAAAGUCAUGUUUCCUGUUUUAUAUGAAGAACUCUUGGAAGGAGAUGAUGAUGAUGAUUUUUUUUCUUUUCUUUUCUUUUCUUUUCUUUUCUUUUUUGUGUCAAAGUUCAAAAAAAAAAAAUGCAUUUUGUGUUAUCAUUUUUUUUCUUUGAGUUUAACAUGUAAACACUGCCAUGCAUGAAAUGGACAUUUCUACUGUAUGAUAACAUUAUUAGCACAACCCCUCACUUCACUUUCUGAUUCCAGCAUGUUACCUGCAUUUUACCCCAUCUGUGUCCAGGAUGGUUUUUCACUGAUGCGCAUUGCUCUGAGAGUACUUUUUUUUUCUUUCUUUCUUUCUUUCCACACUGUCUUUUUCUUUGGUAUUUUGUUAUGCAUAUUUAUAUUAUUUAUUGUCACUUUGAGACAUAAAUUUUUCUUUCACUGAAGAUCUCUUUAUGAAGAGGAAAUGAGAGUAUUUGAUAUGGUAUACACUCUACUUAAAGUUUGUAAAUCAUUGCUCAUAUAAGAGAAUAAUCAGUCUUUUAAUAAAGGGUUUAUUUUACAAGUUCUAAAGUUAAUCCAGAAGCUAAUAUUCAGCAAUGCUUUCUUUAUUUUAAGCCCCAUAAACUCCAUGGAAGAUUUACCAUUACCUGUAUUUGGCAUGUUGAUUGCAAAAUCUUUGCACUUUGUUAUUAUUCUUUGGUCUCAAAUGGGCUAUCUACUUCUUUCCUCAGAGUCUGGUGCAAGGAUGAUGCCUUUUGCAUUAAUAACAUGUAAAACUAGUUGCUGACUUUGUUUGAACAAUUCAUUAUAGCCCACCAUCAUGUCAGUUAUGAGACUUGUUUAUGUACCUUGAUCAUAAUUUUUAGGGCAUUAACCUUAGUGCUUCUUUUGAUAAAUGUGAUAGUGAAAGAAGCUAAAAUUAUUUAUUCAGUGGAUGAUCAGCUAGCAAAAUUCAGAUAAUUACGUUAAUUCCAUUUGUGUGGAGAGAAAUGUUGAAAUAUAUAUGAUUUUAAGAUGAAAACUUCAGCCAGAUGAAAGAUACAGAAGUAAAAAUAAGAUGAUACAGUACAUACAGUAUCCACUUCAGUUCGUAUUGCUUUUUUUUAUACUGUUACAUUGCUUCUCCACUCUACCCUAAACCAUGUGAAAAUGUUAGUGGUGACUAAAUUUCCCAGUGAGUAGUAGUAAAGAGAUAAAUAUUUCUACAUAUUACUAACUCAGAGACCUAACCAUCUGUAGAUAGUGUCAUUUAGAAGCAAAAUUAUGGCUUGUAUACUAGCUAUUUGUGGGUUGACUCUUGUGACAAACCCAUAUCCUGUUGUCCCAGAUGCCUGCAUAGUAGUUGCCUUCCCAUUCAUCGGUGUAUGCACAGCCUGUAAUGCUACUUUUUGUUUACUUAUGCUGUAGAAAUAUUUCCUCGUUAUUGCAACAUUUUUUCACUGCUGUCGUUAUCACUUUAAUACUCGUUGUUUUUUUUGAAAAACAAAUUUCAUACUUUUCUAGCCAAGAUACUUACAGCUUUAUAAAUGAUAAUAGAAUUUUAAUUGUUGUUAGUCAUAUUUAUUUUUUUGCAAAACACAAGAAAAUAAGGAUAAGCUUUAGCUAAACCAAAAUACACUAGAAGUUGUCUUGAUGUUAUAGAUUUUUGUUGUAGUUUUCCCAAAGAAGAUGCUAAUUAAUGAUAUAUUGAGAUAUAUUAGUCACUAUAUAUUUUCUAGUGCUGUCAUUGUGUUUCAUAUUUAUUUGAUUUUGUAAUGUGAUUUCUCACUAUAGUUACUAUUCCAGGUAACUUGAUAUUUUUGUAUCCAUUAGAAUUUACUAAGCACAUUUAUUCUAUUACUGUUAAAUGCAAUGUGCUGUGGUAUUGUAGGUGAACAGUUGCAUGUAAGGUUCUCUUUAAAGGUUAUGUGCUCUUUUCAUUAAAAUAGGGGAAAACAUUCCAAACUUGACUUGGUAAACUGAAUCACAUAAAUGAUUAUUGAACACUUAAUGCCCAAAAUUCUGAUUUUAAGUGCCUUAAUGUUAAGAAAAUAAUUAUCUUGAUUCGAAAUUCAUUUCUCUAUGAAGGAUCUCUAAUCCAGGUUGAUUUGGUGCUUUGGAGAAAAUAAUCCCCAUUGUAAAUUUAGACUCUGAUCAUAUGUAAUCUUUCUUGAAGGUAUUAAAUUCUGAGUGUAGUUGUUGUAAAGUUUGGUGGAAAAACUUUAGGAAAAAAAUGAAAUAACAAGUUUCCUUAUGUACUGAAGCAGAUUCAUACUUUAUACAUAUAUAUAUAUUAUAUAUAUAUAUAUAUAUAUAUAUAUAUAUAUAUAUAUAUAUAUAUAUAUAUAUAUAUAUAUAUAUAUAAUAUAUAAUAUAUAAUAUAUAUAUAUGUUUAAUUGUGGAAGUAUUUUGGUGCAUGUCUUUACACUGUCAUAUAUUUGGAUGUAUUACUUUGAAGGAAAACAGAGGCAUUAAAUGUUUUGUAAUUAGCAUUUACUUUUUAUUUUUUAUUUUAAUUUUUGGGUGUCUGAUGCUAUUACUAUUGUUGUUUUGUUUUGCAACAACAAAAUGAAUCCUAGAAAAAAAGUAUUAAUACAGUUAAUAAACUGUAUAUUAUGUAA